AUGAAUGAUGACUCGGACUCCGUCUCGUGGGGGUACAUUCCUGGGUACUUCGGGCUCUUCCUCGCAGUCAUCUACCUCAUGUGCCACACGGCCGACAACUACUUCAGCCCGGUCCUGGCUGUCAUGUGUGAUCUGCUGGACAUGCCGCCUGAAGUGGCCGGUGUGACUUUCCUGGCCUUUGGAAAUGGGGCUCCCGACGUGUUCUCCGCCUUCGUCGCUCUGACGUCAAGCGCGGAUCGAGAAGAUGGCCUGUUGGUCGGUAUGGGUUCGCUGCUAGGAUCAACCAUCUCGACGGUUACCCUCGUCGUUGGCAGCGUGGUGUACAUCAAGCCAACAGGGGUUCCCCCAGUACCGUUCGCGCGGGACGUGGUGUUCCUGGUGUUGGCGCUGGUGCUCGUCGUCAUCUCGGACUGCUUCGGCGAAAUAUCGCUGUGGUUGGCUGCUUGCUACCUGGCCUUGUACGGAGUGUACGUAACGAUGGUGCUAAAGGGGCGGAAGGGGGAGGAAUCAUCAAGAGGGGAUGCUAACCCGAGGCAGGACGGGGAGGGGGGUGGUGUCGGGGAAGACGACCAUGCCGUAGAUGCGCGGUGGAUAGGGGUUGGGUCUUGGCCCCUGUCAAGCGCAGAGAAGGAGCGUGCCCCCAGGAGGCCGAAUCCAUCCAAUCCGGAUUUCCACUUCAGCAAGGGGGGAGGGAAUGGCGCUGAAGGCGGUACCGUGACCGUGAGCGGGGACGACGGCGGUGGGCAUGGUAGCGUACCCAAUUCCUGCAAAACUCCCCCCAAUGGCGUCAAUGGAGGCCGCGGCUCAAGCGGCCACGGCAGCAAUCGGCGGGGACACUCGUUCGACUCGGCGGAGAAGGGGCUGGGUGGGCGCCCCGCCGCUGCGCGGGACGACUUUUCGGCCAGAGGGAACAGCGUCAAGCACGACUACUUCGGCGGGGAGGGCGUGGGGGAAGAGGGGCGAUCGCUUUUGGGCGGCGGCGGCGACGGAGUGGGGUCGGGUGGUGAGAGUUGGGGGCUUGACGGAGAGGCGGAGGAGAACGUUUUCGCCAUGGUUCCCGGCAGCACGGCGUCGAUGUUCUCAGAGGAGGACGACUCCGCGGCUAGCUGGCUGGCCCAGCGUCAGCGGCAGGGACGCAGUACUCCCUGGCGCAUCGCCUCCUCCGAGUACGGGGCGAGCGAAGACAUGAGCAUUCCCCUCUUGCAGGAUAAGAGUUGGCAGAACGGUUCGCGGAAUGGCGGUGGUCGUGGGAUUGGUUCUGGGGGUGGCCCCGUGGGUGCGACCGAGGGGGACGGGGGGGGACCGGGGUCGUCAUCCCUUCUCGGGCGAAGAUUUGAGCACACCUGGGCCACAAUUCAGUGGAAGCAGUGGAGGCUGCGACGGCGUGUUCGGCGUGGGCUGGACAACAGCUACGUCGCCAAUCUGCCCUGGUACCGCCGGGUGUUUUGGGCCUUGGAGUUGCCGUUCAUCCUGGUUAGGAACGCUACGAUACCUCCGGUAGAGGCGGACUCGUGGUCUCAAGCACAAGCAGCGAUAAGCACGGCGCUGGCGCCGACCCUGGUCGCGUGGGCUUUCGGCGCGUGGGGGACCGAUAUUUUGUGGGGUUUGACGUGCGGCUGGGUGGCCUUGCUGGGGGGGUUGCCAGCAGGGGUGGCGGUUUGGCUGACGACUCACAAGCGGAGGAUGCCUGAGGAGAGAUGGUACCGGCUGUCGCUGGCCCUCUUGUCGUUCCUGUCGUGCGUGGCCUGGAUCUACUACUUCGCGGAUCUGGCCGUGACGUUGAUUGACGAAAUCGGUACCGCAACGGGCAUACCGGGGAGCAUCCUUGGGUUGACGCUUCUCGCCUGGGGGAACUCAACGGGGGAUCUGGUGACGAACCUGGCCGUAGCAAAAGCCGGGUUUCCGGGUAUGGCUAUAGCUGGCUCCUACGGCGGUCCGCUCUUCAACGUCCUCCUGGGCGUUGGCAUGCCCAUGUUUUACAGCUCAGCGAGAUACUACCCGGACUCUGCGGUGUUCGAGCUAGACUCUUCCACCCUCUUUACCGUGGUCAUGGUCAUCUUCGUCCUGCUGGGCACGCUCCCCGUGGUUGCGCGGUCCGGCUACCACUUCCCCCCGAAGGCUCCCGUUGCCCUGCUCGGUGCGUACGCUGUGUACAUGAUCGGCGCGGUGUGGUUGACUGUGACCUUCAAGGCAUAUUGACGCAUAGUGGACGUUCCCAGGGGGUGAAGAGCAACUUCCCUUGGGCCUGCAAGGGGUGAUGAUGUACGAUGUACGCGCAACGCUACAUCGCUUUCGUGUGAGCGCAGAUUUCUGCGCGAUUUUUGAGAGGGGGUUGUAGGGCAGCUGAGGCAUCGCGUCCGCAGGUUGCACAGCGGCACCUACAGUGUACCUACAGUCCUCUGAGUGACUGGAUGGGCGAAGCGGCGGAGAGCAUUCCGCGUGGCCUGAGCUUUCCCGAAAAUGACUCCCGUGUAUGUGGCUUCCGUAAUGGUCCGUCUAAGUGCGCUUUUUCAUGGUGGGGAAAGGAAGCCAAGGGUUCGUCAGCGUGCGAGCUCGGCCAGUGGGUCGGACGGAAGGGGUCAAGAGCAGACCUUUACAGAUUGUGUGCUGUUUUCGGAGGAGUUAUGCGUCUUACGUGGGCGAGAUGUCAGACGUGACACACAGAGGCCUCGCAGACCGCCGUUUCAUUGUCCUAUACAGCUGCACUCUUGUUGCUAGAGCCGAGAGAGGGAGCCAUGUAGUUGGCUUGCUUGUAGAGCGGGCGUUACGUCACGACCUCGAUAUGCUGUGUUCCAGCUACACGCGCGUCUUGAACGGGUACGGGUAAAAAACCAGCCAGUCAGCCAAUUCAUGGUGGACGAUUGGUCCGCACUCGCUUGCGCUUGUUGCAUGAGUAACUUUUGUCCAGUGGAGCUCGAUGUGUCCAGUCGAAGAGGCUGCUUCAACAGAUCUGUGUGUAGUGCACGUCAGUUGUGUGUUUGCUUGGAGACUACUACUGUAGGCUAACUUCACAAGGUGGAGAGAUGACCAGUCGACUUACAUGCGUCUACACGGGACGAAGGAGCCUUUGUUACAGGGGGUUGCAUUGACUACUACACGGGAGAUGGA